GAGGGCUGUUGCCCUUGACAACCCAGGCAGCCUGAGGAGCUUGAAAACCAGCUGAGUGCUAGACUCUGCACUGCUGCCUCUGAUGGCUUUGCAGCCAGGUCUAGUGCUGAGAGCACCAUCCACCGUGAUCUGUCUCAGCCUGUGCCUGUGCCUAAUAGGGUGAACUGGAUCCUUGGGACUUGAGACAAGUGAAAUGUGAGAAGUCUGGUAAUAAAGGUAUCACCGAAAGUUAGAAACAAAAUCAAACAGAGGAAAUUCUGAAAGUAUGGGAUGUGGAAAUUCAAAAAUAUCUUCAUCAAAUAUUGUUGUCUUAGGGGUUGUCCAGAUAAUGAUUGGCAUUUAUCAUGUACUCAUGUGGUAUUUCCUAUUGCUAUUGUAUAUGGGACAAAUUAAAGGAGUAUUUGGGACUUAUGAACCUUUAACUUACAAAAUGGGAACUGCUUUAUGGGGACUUGCUUUUAUCAUUUCAGGAGCCUUCACAGUAAAAGCAUCAAAAUAUCAAAGUAGAUAUAUGCUUAUCUGCGCCCUGUCCCUGAACAUACUCUGUAUGAUUAUCACGAUCAUUGCAGCCAGCCUGACAAUAGUGGAGUUGGCUCACUUCCGUUCCGUGUCAUACAGGAAUUACGGGCAAGCAAAGCUAGGGAGAGAAGUGUCCCGUAUCUUGCUGUUCUCUUACCCCCUGGAAUUUGGGAUAUCCCUCACAUACUCAAUCUGCAGCUGUUCACAUUUGGGAAGAAGACAAGAGGAAAGUUUAGAAAGUGUCUCUGAAGUCAUGAACAGCAGAUUCUGAAAGCUGGAGACAUGAACAACUUCCCCGGCUGCUGACCCCUGAUGUAUGUGCCAAUGAUAUUUCU